AAAUGACCUACAAACUGCACCAAAAUUUAAUAGCAUUACAGCGUAUGUCGUAUGCAGCAAAAGAUACGAUGUGUUUUUUCAUGUACAUACAUAGGUACGCAUUCUCGUAAAAUGCAUGCACUUUAUCCACUUUUUGUGCCAAUCUCACAGGCAACUCAUCUGCUGUUGCUGUUGCUGUCUAUGCAUACAACGUGCGUUGUCUUCGCAGUCUUCAAAAUUCAGGACAAACUACAGUUAUAAUUUAAACUCAUUGUUAUAUUUAGCUUUGAAUUUUGUAAGGUGAGACAAAAGUGCAUAUUUUUAUCCGAUUUUUUACACAUAUCCAGUAAUUAGAAAUGAAAUGCAUUCCAAGUGGACAGUGCUUGGUUAUUGGAAAGAAAAUAAGUCGACCACCAUGGCUGCAAUUCUCAGUUUAGCAACGUACUUGUACAACAGUGUUUUAACGAAUCCUAGUCUAUUUGGUGCAGUUGAUGGACCGGUUGUUUAUUUGUCCACUGGAGGUGUACGAGGUGUAUAUGAAAAAUCUCGAGAUGGGAAUAUUUUCGCGUCCUUUUACGGGUUACGUUUUGCGAAACCUCCCAUCAACGAGUUGCGCUUUGAGCCCCCACAAGCAGCAGAACCGUGGAGUGGAAUCCGAAAUGCUCAAGAUCACCAUCCUGAAUGCCUCCAAAUCGAAGCAAUGGUGACUGGGAGGAUCAAAGGAGUGGAAGAUUGCUUGAAAUUAAAUGUUUUCACACCAAAUCUUGCAGAGAAAUCAAAUAAGUUGCUCCCAUUACGAAAAGUUAUGGUAUUUUUUCAUGGAGGAUUAUACAUCUCCGGUGGUGCUACGAUGUACGGACCAAAAUAUUUUAUGGACAACGAUGUUGUGCUAGUCGUCCCCCAAUACCGGCUGGGCGCCUUGGGUUUUUUAUCCACUGGUGACAACACGGUAUCAGGCAAUAUGGGUUUAAAAGAUCAAAACCUAGCCUUAAAGUGGGUUAAAGAAAACAUUAAAUCGUUUGGUGGAGACCCGACCCAAGUUACAUUAUUCGGCAAUAGUGCGGGAGGAUCGAGUGUUCAUUUCCAUAUGUUAUCUCCAUACUCGAAAGGGUUAUUUCACAAAGGAAUCUCAGAAAGUGGGACAGCUAUUCAAAUUUGGACGUUGAGUAAACGCCCAAAGGAGCAAGCAAAAAGGUUGGCGACUCAAUUAAACUGUCCAACUCAUUCAGUUAGUGAUAUGAUUGACUGCUUGCGAAAAUUGGACGCAUCGUCACUCGUUAAGGUUCAUUUAGCAACAAUGUCUCCAAUAAGGGAUAAUACUGACUUAUUUGUACCAACUAUUGACAAAGACUUUAUACCCGACGAUCCGAUGAAGCUGUUGAAGCUUGGCAGAUUUCACGCCGUUCCUUGGUUGACGGGAGUUAAUCUCGGAGAAGGAUUAUUAAAUACAGGCAGAAUAUUGGCUGAUGAGUACAUUUACAAAAAUCUCAACAAAAACUGGAACGCAUGGAUGCCUUUAAUGCUUGACUAUGAUAAGAAUAGGUUGGAAAUUUCAGAAAAAAUUAAGCAAUAUUAUUUUGGAAGAUUCGCUGGGAAGUAUUAUGCAGAGGAUAUUCGAAACAUUACAAGUAUAUAUUCCCACCGCGUUUAUUUCCAUGCUACACAAAAAGCAGCCUUGUUACAUUCUGUGCAUGCGCCCACCUUUCUGUAUUUCUACACUUAUCCAGGAGAUUUCAGUUUUUUUAGUUUAUUUAAAGCAGUGAUGCCUCGCGACGGUGACAUUAUUGCUCCAGAAGUAAAAAUUGCAGUUGAAAUUGCAAAAGACUUUGCUAAAGACUUGCUAAAAAAAUUAGCCAAAAAAUCACCGGACGAUCUUUUUCCCUGCCAUUCUGACGAACUACCUCUUCUGUUUAAUAUGCAUCGAGCUAUUGAAGUAACAAAGAAAUCACACGACUACAAAAUGUCAAAAUUUCUAGUGAAAGCAUGGACCGAUUUCGCAAAGCUUGAAGAUGGAUCUAUGUACUCUUACCAAAACAUCCCAUGGGAGCCAGUAAAUAAUUCUACAUCCGGAGUGAAAUACAUGGUUCUAAAUAUUCACGGAAAAAUAAUUGAAAACCCAUUUUCCGACAUAAUCAAAUUUUGGGAUGCCGUAUGAAUCUCAUUAUACCAGCUCGGAAGUACAUACCGCCGACCCGUCGUAAUAAAUUAUUAUCCGCUAGUCUAUAUUACGAAUGUUUAAGUGAAAGACUCUGUCCACGAUUACUUGACAUUUAGUAUUAAAAUAGAGUGAUAAAGUGUCGAAUAAUCUUGACGCCCACGAUUGCUUGACAUUUAGUGCCUAGUUACCCUUAAGGGAGGCUAACGUUACCUAGAUACUUAAAGUCAGGAUGCACGAUCAAAAUUAAUUAGUUUUUAUAAGGUUAACUGACAUCGUUUCUAUGGGGUGGUGCCCCAUACGGUUGCGACAAAUGAAUUAUUUCGAAAUAAAAUUUUCUUAAAUCGUU